CGGAGAUUGGGUGCACAGUCGACCGGGUAGACAGAGAAGGACGUACGUUCAUACGUGUACGCUAGGAGCGAAAACAGACCUAACUUGUACGAGAGAACUGGCCCACUUGGUGACUUCAACGCACGGACUUUCGUUACGAAAGGACGAUCUGGGUCACUACGCUCAGCGUCGGGCAGAAGCGACGCGUAGUUUCAUCAUUUAUUAACCUGAAGUGAAGUGCUACAACACUGACAGGCCACUUUGAGCAGUGAGUGUGAAGUUAUCACCACCCGAAAGUUCUUUAUUUAGUGAAUAUGUACGUUCUAAACGCUUCGUAAGAGAGGAAACUAAUGACAUCAGAUGCGUCCGUUAAUUGUUUUCAAUAACAAUUGUUCAAGUAUUUUGAAUUCAGAUCCAUACACGUUUAUUACAAGUGUUUCAACAGCUGAUUCGUGUAAUCAUCACUAUGAUAUUCUAGUUCAACGGAAGCGUUAUGAAGUUUCAACUAACAAAUCUGUAAUGAGUGCUGAAUCAAAGUUAAUCAUAAACAAGUUGAUACAUGAUUUAUAAUUCUCAGUUCGUGAUUAAUACGUCAACAUAUCUACAACACAUUUCAGAAAGAAAAGUAUUACCAAGAAACUUAAAUUCAUCCAGCGAAUUACACAAAUUACAUAAUCUUUAUCCAUGUGGUUUUGAAUGCUCGUAAAUAGGAAUGAAGUAAGGUUAUAGAAAAAAGAUAACCACAGUAAUUUUGCCACGUGCAUCAAGAAAACAUCGGAGAACAAACAAGGUUAGCAACCACAAGCUUGAAAAACAACAAAGUGUCCGAGUAACAGCGUCGGUGACACGGAGCUAGGCGCAGACCCUUACAAUCAGCUGAUCGCAGGUACUUAGUGCGCUUUUACAUACACGCACGAGACGGUAAACCUUUCACUCGAAAUCUAAAACGUACGUUUGAAAACAAAGCAUUAAACCGAGUUUAAAAUUAAUCCUACAAUCAAUAGUACAUUCCAGUGGACUUGAUUUAGAAACAGAUCCAUAGUGCACGGACAGGGGGAGAUAUUGAUUGUAUUCUGUUCGUGCCACUAACAAGUGAAUACGUUCAUGAGAGACGAUGUUUAGUCGCUGUUGUCAACAACACGAGAUGAGUGUCAGAAGUCUGGCAGUGCUAUUACUAGGAAUGGUAGCAGGUGUUGUAAGCACAGCGAUAGCUUCCCGACUUCCACUAGUUGCAUUCCAGCACCAUUACAACUACCACCAUCACAUGUACGACGAACAGGACAUCCAACAGCACGAAGACGCCACAGCACCUGCGAGUGAAAGCCACUACUUCCCACAGUCCCAUCAUUUCGGCGACGGUAGAGGCAUCAGGAUACUGUACCAAGUAGGGAACAACGAGGAAGACCUUCCGGAGUGUAGCCCCUGGACAGUAUGCAGCAAGGUUGAUUUGUACGAGACGCCUUGGGUGGAACGCCAAUGUCGGUGUCCAGGGAGACAGUCCUGCCCCAGCCAGCUGGCCGCCACCGACGGACACACCAUCACGGACAAGACCCGGCAGUUUAAGCUGUGUGAACCAGUGAAGAAGCUGCCAAAAUGUCGAUACUUCAGAGACAUCACGUGGACUUUGGUGAGCAGUGCUGAUAAUAUCACCGAGCAGAUUGUACACUGUCAUUGUCCUCGUGCAGCUGUCUCGUACCUAAUUAAGCGUCAGGCAGUGCAGUCGCCACAUGGCCUCCUCGCUUACCGGUACUCCUUCGCAUGUUCGCCACAAAGCAGGCUGCGUUGUCAGCGGAAAGAGCCCUGUCGCCUGUUCACUGUGAGGAAACGCCAGGAGCUUCUAGAUGAAGUCAACACCAACACACUGUGCCAGUGUCCACACGGCCACGUUUGCCCACGUCAUCAUACGGACCCAGGUGUAAUCGCAGGCAAGAGCUACACAGAAGAGGCUAUAAAGACGUACAGUGGAUACUGCAUUUCGUGAACAGACGGCAGAGACGUAUGUGCGGGACACAUUCAGACGACGUCCAGCCUGACUGCGGAGAAGGGUCACCAGACACUGGAGACAGCCACCGUACCACAAAUGGAGUCACCUCACGUAACAGUGACGCUACAAUAUAAAUGAUCUACCGCAAAUACCAGCGGUUGCCUGCAAUGCACGUAAUAUGCUGGCUAAUCAAUAUGCACACAGAUUGUAUCACGGCGUCAUGUUGUUUCCUUCUUUAAAAUAUUAUUAACUGUACAGUUUCACAGAAGAAAUAAUAAAUUAAUUUAUGCACUUAUUUAUUGCAAAUGAUCUCCAAAACGACAUGCAAUCAAUAAAUGCACAAGUACAUGAAUUUAUCUAUUAUUUAUUGUGUGAAGACAAUUAAUAAUAUUUUAAUACACACACACAGACAGACUUAUUAUACAAAUGUGCCAUUGUGUUCUGAAACAGGAAGUGAUUGACAGCGCCUGAAUAGUUAGUUACCCGUGCCACAAGGGCAGCUGAAGAGCUUCACCCGAAAUGGUUCAAAUCCAUAUUAAAUUAAAUGCUCGUAAAUCUGUGUGCCAGACUUUAAGAAAAACUUUGCAUUUCGCGUGUCAUUGAACUCUGUAUAUCCGAUCUUGGAAAAUGUGUAUUUGUCUGUCUCAGUAAACGGAUAGAUUUUAAGUUUCGAUAACACUUUAAAUACGAUUAUUUGUUGUUACAUAAGACUGUGGCGGUUAUUUUUGGUUUCACGCUUAAGACGGGGAUAAACGGUUUGAUUUAAAUUUUUUUUAGUGAAUUUGAUUAAUUUUAUGAAAUAAAAAAUCCAUUCCGUUACGUGCCACUGUUGGCACUUAGGAGAGAGGCUGCUUAGCUCCUUUUCAAUUCUCAGCCUCGACAUUAUCCUCCUGUAAAAUUAAAAACAACUAAUGGAAGUCUGUAGUAGACCAAUUUAUUGUGUAAUCAAAGAAUCACGUGAUUUAAGACAUUAAUUAAGUCUUAGUAUAAUUUCGUACUUGAAAAUUUAUCACAUUAUAUCGUGAUUUUGGGCUCUGAAAUAACAUGAACGAGGGACAUGUGAUGUAAAUUCUCUCAUAUACAGCAUAAAGAUACACGAAGUCAGUGAUUACUGUACAUAGGACUGCUGACGUCAAAAUAGAUUGUACAUAUCACUGUGCGUUUUGCAUUUACAUAACCUGUACAUAUUUUACUGCAGUAAUCAUGCAAUGAAAUUAAUUUUU